UACGAAAAAAAAAAUACAUGUUGACGAAAUCGAUAGCAGAUCGGUGCGGACUCAAAUCUGAUCCCGAUCCUUGGCAAUUCGAAACGGCCAAUUCUUUGGCCUUUUCUAAGGUUUAGGACCUUAGGUAAUUCUUGGCUGAUUGUAGCAUCCGUUGCUGAUACCGAGACCGAUCUGAGUUUUGAAACCUUGUUUGGUACUUGCUACGCUUUUUUGGAUUUCUUCGAUCUCCUGUUGUUGUUGAGCACUCUCAACUUUCGAGUAUCAAGUCUCGACCAAUCGAGAACGAAACGUGAAGGCUUUGAAGUUUACAUGGAGAGUGCUUCGGAAUUGGUUCCCUUUCCUCUGUUGAUGACUCCGAUCGAAUCGAAUUACAGAGCUUGCACAAUUCCUUACAGGUUUCCAUCUGAUAAUCCUCGGAAGCCGACUCCAACCGAGCUCUCUUGGAUCGAUAUUUUGUUAAACUCAGUUCCGUCUUUCAGGAAACGAGCAGAAAGUGACACUACAGUCCCUGACGCUCAUAUCAGAGCUGAAAAAUUCGCUCAAAGGUACACAGAGAUACUUGAGGACUUCAAGAAAGAUCCUGAAAGUCAUGGUGGACCCCCUGAUGGCAUUAUUCUUUGUAGGCUUCGUGAGCAAGUGCUCAGAGAAUUAGGAUUUAGAGAUAUAUUCAAGAAAGUCAAGGAUGAAGAAAACACUAAAGCCAUCUCGCUAUUUGGGGAUGUAGUUCGGCUUAAUGAUGCCAUUGAAGAUGAUGGAAAACGUAUAGAGAACUUGGUUAGGGGUAUUUUUGCAGGGAACAUAUUUGAUCUAGGUUCUGCACAGCUUGCAGAGAUUUUUGCUAGAGAUGGAAUGUCCUUUCUGGCUAGUUGUCAAAAUAUCGUGCCUCGACCUUGGGUUAUUGAUGAUUUGGACACAUUUAAGGUCAGGUGGAGUAAGAAGUCCUGGAAAAAGGCUGUAAUUUUUGUUGAUAAUUCUGGUGCAGAUAUCGUCUUGGGAAUCCUGCCAUUUGCCCGAGAGUUACUUCGACAUGGGACACAGGUUGUUUUAGCUGCUAAUGACUUGCCUUCAAUCAACGAUGUAACCUACCCAGAACUCAUUGAGAUUAUUGCAAAGUUGAAGGAUGAGAAUGGACAGCUCAUGGGUGUUGACACUUCAAAUCUUUUAAUUGCCAAUUCUGGUAAUGAUUUACCGGUUAUUGAUCUCACUAUGGUUUCUCAAGAGCUUGUUUACUUGGCAAGUGAUGCAGACCUGGUUGUCCUGGAAGGAAUGGGACGUGGGAUAGAAACAAACCUUUAUGCUCAAUUUAAAUGCGAUUCACUCAAGAUUGGAAUGGUAAAGCAUCAAGAGGUUGCUCAGUUUUUAGGUGGAAGGCUUUAUGAUUGUGUCUUCAAGUACAAUGAAGUUUCAAGUUGAUUGUUAACAUUACUUUUGUUCCAAUUCGUCGCAUCUGUAAAAGCCUUUGACAUUGCUAUUGGGCACUUGCUCUUCUAAAAGCGAGAGUUUGAACAUGUAUUGAAGUCUUGUGGAAUUUAAAUAUAACCAGUAAUAGGAAAUCUUAGGUUUUUUUGGAGGUUGGGGGUUUUGGGGGUGGAAGUGAAGUGUUGAAAGCCAAGACAUUUGAAGUCGCUAUGAAAUGAAAAUUUCAUGAUCGUUUUGUUUGUGCAAA